AUGGAACUAACGUGUGUCACUCAUGCCCUGUCAAACCACAUCAAGGCGCUUUCACAUGUAGUGCAACGCAUUAAUGAAUUUGUGAUCCCGGAGACCAUUGAUGCUGCUGUUUACAACGACUGUCAAUACAUCAUUCGCGUACAUGGAGCUACAAGACGAUGGACUACAAAGGCAAUGGAUGGCGCUGCUGCUAGAGGACGACUUGAUCUUGUGAAAUGGUUGUCAGUAACUCGGAGUGAGGGCUGCACGAUCGCUGCUAUUGACGGAGCUGCAAGGAACGGACACUUGAAAAUGGUCAAGUGGCUUUGCAAACAUUAUGUUAGGAGAUGCUCAAGUAAUGCUUUGAAUGCUGCAGCAGAAAAUGGUCAUGUCGAAGUGGUGAAGUGGCUCUGUCGCCAUAAUCGGGGACGGGACCCGUUUGCGCUUACCUAUGGGGUGCAAGCUAUUGCACGUACCGGCGACACGGACGCUUUACGAGCAAUUUUACGUGAGAACUGCAGCUGGUAUUACGUUGGUCGAGCUCUCGAAGAUGCCGCGUCUCAAGGAAUGACCGACAUUGUAAAACUCCUGUUGACUGUAAACCUCAGACAAUCAAACGUUAGUCGCGCAUUGAACAACGCUGUGGUCAUGAAACACAUUGACAUUGUCAAAAUCUUGGCUGAUCUCUGCUCGUCUUCAGAACUCCGAGACGCGUAUUCACACUUGACGACCGGGUGCAACACAAAGAUUGCUGAGUUCCUCCGUAAGUCGGCAGAGGGGAGAGACGUUGAAGAAAAGUGGGGGUAUGUUAGAACGCAACACAAGACACUUGAAUGGACGAAAGCAUCGCGUGGGCGUGGAACAAAUACGGACAAGUCUGUCUCGUUUUGCGGGCUUCUACGGUCAUGGUGA